AUGGCAACACUAUACAAACUUGCGAAGGGAGAUUCAACUUCAAAAGAAGAUGAUAAUGCAAAGAAUGUGACAAAGUAUAAACAACGCGUAUUGAUUCUGGCUUCACGUGGAAUCAAUCACAGACAGAGACAUCUGUUGAACGAUCUUACAGCGCUCACUCCACAUUUCAAAAAAGAUUCUAAACUAGAUACCAAAUCAAACCUUGGAAUAUUAAAUGAAUUAUGCGAACUCAAUAAUUGCAAUAACUGUAUAUUCUUUGAGAUACGAAGAAAGUCUGAUCUUUACAUGUGGGCAUCGAAAGCACCCAAUGGACCAAGUGUCAAAUUCCAUGUACAAAAUGUGCAUACAAUGGAUGAGUUGAAAAUGACAGGUAAUUGUUUAAAGGGGUCUAGACCGAUAUUAUCCUUUGACAAGAGUUUUGAUUUACAACCACACUGGCUAAUAAUAAAAGAGCUAUUUACUCAUAUCUUUGGUGUUCCGAAGGGUGCCCGCCGCUCAAAACCGUUUAUAGAUCAUAUAAUAUCAUUUACAAUAGCGGACAAUAGAAUAUGGUUUAGGAACUAUCAGAUAGUGGAGAAAGAUCCAACAGAUCCAAAUUCUUCCAAGAAACUGGCGGAUAAAGACAUUUCUCUUGUAGAAAUAGGACCGCGAUUUGUAUUAAAUGUUAUUCGUAUAUUUGAAGGAAGUUUCCGUGGGGCUACUGUAUAUGCCAACCCGGAGUUUGUAAGUCCCACAAUGGUGAGUCCGAAAAAAUAUGAGGGUUCAAAAGAAGCGAGGAUCAAACAAAUAGCUGUGCAGAUGGAGAAUGAGCCAGGGGAUAAGCGAUCUUACGACUUUAAUCUCAAAGAUAUUAAUUGA